AUGCGAAACAUUUCGGAUCUAUGUAAUAUCAUUUAUCCAACAAAUAAAGAAAAAUUAGCCAACGAUGCAUUAAUAGAAAUCAUUGAAAAUAUUAAUUCAAUGACAACAAUAACACAAUUUCAAGUUUUAGAAUUAGGAAUUCAAUUAACCAAUCGUUUGCGUGAUAGCAUCAAUAAAAAUACGACUCUCGAUCAUCUCAAUACAUUACUCGAAACAUAUCGAAAUUUGAUACCAGUUAUGAAUGGUGAAUUGACUCGAUUGAACAUUAAAACAUUAAUCGAUCACACAACUGAUCUGAUUCUCGAUCAGCAUAUAAAACAAUUUCUACGAACAAUAUCAAAGGUAAUACAUACUUUGAAUAAUAACAAAAAUAUAACCAUGAAUAUUGUCAUUGAACUAUUCGAUAUCAUACCCGAUCAACAAUUGUCUGAUCAUAUCAAAUGUAUUUUGUUAUCUGCUCCAGAAAUUCUCAAUGGUGAUAUCAAACAAAAACUAGUCGAUUUAGCACAACAAAUUCUUACUACUGAAUUCUCAGAUAUGCAUGAUAUUAGUUUGAGUAAAAUACUCGAUCAAGGCAAAACCGAACAAAUUAAAGCAUUGAAAUCGAUUGCAGCUCUACUUCCAGAAGAGCUCCGACCAGGAUUUAAUGAUGGUAUUAAACAAUUAACGUCUCCGGAAACUGCUCAAGAACAAGUCGUUCAAAAAAUACGUGACUUAUACGGAUCAAAAACUGGCAAUGCUUUGCAAAUAUCGUUCAAUGCUUUGAAUUCAUUAAAAUCGGACAAAUUACAAGCAUUAAAACAAUUAUCACGAUUGUUACCGAAUGAACACGCAAAAACAAUUUUCGAUACCGCUGAAAGUAUCAGUCAACUGAAAACAUGUGAAUUGAAAGAUGUUGUUAAAACAAUAUUAGAAUUAGCAUCAGUUAUGGCGCCGAAGAAAACAUCUAAAACGCUCCAAAAUGUUGUUAAUGUUUAUCAAAAACUAGCCAAUCAUCAGGGGAUCGAUGCCAUCAAAGAUGCUCUUAGACUUCUUCCAUAUGUUCGAGAACAAGCUCACAAAAUGGUAGAUGCUUUAGCAAAACUAGCAAAACAAGAAAUAACACAUGAGAAUCUUUUAAAUUGUGCAUUUAAUGCAGCUAUGGGAAUUGUGAACGAGAAAACAGCAAAAACACUAGCUGUCACGCAGAAUGUUAUCAAUCAGAUACAAAAUCGUAAUCUGCAAGGUGCAGUUCAUCAAAUCGCAAAAGAACAUUUUCCAGAAUAUGCUACAAAAAUUGACACAGCUAUGACUAUCACAAAUUCAGCUACCCGAAUUUUAUCACAAACAAAUGACCCUUUACAGGCAUUUAAUAGUCUCUUGAACAAUGAUGAAUUGAAAUCACGUUUACCGCCAGAAAUUCAACAAGUCUAUGGCAUAGCCCAAGAAUUACGAACGAUUGUUAAUCAUAAAGACUCAGCGAAACAAGAAUUAACGAAGCAUGCAUUGAAGCUUGGAUCAUCGUUUUUACCGCCAGAAUACGCUGACAAAGUAGACAAGGUAGUCAGUCUAAUCGAUUCGUUUCGAUCAAAAGAUCCAAAAAAGAUAGUAGAUCAAUCAAUGACUACCAUUACCACUUUGCUUCCGCCAAAGAUUAAUAAUGCUAUUCGGCCGGUCAUACUUUUACUGCACAAAAAACUCAACAAUAAACGAAUAAGCUACGAGGACAUGAUGGAUGGCGCUGGUUCCUUUAUUAGUGACAAAGGACAGCAAAUAAUGAAAGCUGCUAAACCUUUAGUAUCAGCUUUGAUAAAUGGAAAGCGUUUAUCGGGUGACCAAUAUCUUGAUCUGCUCGGUAAUUUAAUGACUGUCAUUGAUGUCGAUAACUAUGGGGUCGAUUUCGUUCAAAAAGCGAAGAUUGUCUACGAAAAUGUUCGAAAAAUUAUUGAAGAUGUUUCAACUCUAAUGAAAGCAGCAACAUUAGCAUCUAAAGCAGCAUGCAUCAGUUCACUUGCGGCUGCUGCAUUGAUACUGCUGGAAGAGCUCACACCUAGUAUACCGGAUUCGGUUAAAAUUGCUAUUAAUAUUAUCUGUGCCGUCGCUCUACUGCUGACCGCUACAAAUCCUGUUGGAUUUGUAUUAGUAGCCAUCAUCUUAGCUUUCACACUCUUCGAUGCCUUCAAAAGACUGGGCGGCUGUGGUGGUGGAGGUAAUGGUGAUGGAGAUAGCGGAUGUAGUGGUGGUGCAAAUGACGGAAGUAGUAGUAACGGAGGUAAUCGCAGUGGAAAUGGCGGAAGUGCUAGUAGCGGAGGUAAUGGCACUGAAGGUAGCCGAAGUGAUGGUAGUGGUAGUACAAGUGGUGAAGGCACUAGCGUUGGAGAUGGUCAAAGUGAUGGUAGGGGAGGCAAUGGCGCCAUCAGUACAGCAGGAAGCAGUAGUUGUGGAAGUAGCGGCACCAGCAGCGGCGGAGGGAGUGGCAGUAACGGUGGAAGGAGUAGCGGCACGAGUGAAGGUGGAGCAAGUAGUAGCAGUGGCGAUCGCACAAGUACAAGUAGUGGGACCAGUAGCAGCACUAGCACAUCAGGAAGUAGGACCAGUGGAACCAGUGGUAGCAACAGUUGUGGAGCAAGUAGUAGUGGUGGCGGCAGCGCAAGGACAAACAGUGGAAUUAAUAGAGGCACUGUCAAAGCAGGAAGUAGGACCAGUUCAAAUAGCGAUAUAUCUCGAGAAUACUCUUCUUUCGGCAGUGCUUUUCAUUCAACUGGUACCUCGUUCACUGGAACUGAGAUUCCAUCGCAUACUGAUCGAUCUGGAAUCAAUCAACAGGUGUCUGUAGACCAAACAACACAAGGCAACACUUCUCGUCAUACGAUCAGUUUUACUCCAACACUAGAUGCCAGUUCAGUAGAGCCUAGUGAAAUAAUACUAUCUGAGUCUACUGUUCCACAAAGUCCUUUCCUAAUGGGUGAAACAUUUUCAACAGCAGGAGAAGCAGUAAAAACUGAAGUGGAAACAUUAGCAAGAGAAGCUGCUGAAUUAAGUCAAGAAUCAGAAAAAAAAGUAUCACAUAUAAUGAAGCAAGAGGAAUUAUUAUUGUCGGAAACAAUAACGUGUUUAAUGGCUGCAAAUAAUAUGAGACAAGAAAUCAAAAGUCUGGCUCAGACAACCUUACCCAGUGUUAUUAAAACAUCGUUGCAAUUGUAUCAAUUAUUGCAGCAGAUCGAAAAAUGCUCGGGUGAUAUCAAUGGUCACAUCAAACGAAAAUGUCAAGAAAUACAAAAAGAUUUGAUUCAAACUUUGGAUAAAUUAAGUGAAUCCAAAUCCUUGCGUAAAAUGUGGAAACUAAGUAAGAAAAAUGAAUUGGUCGACAACUAUGAUAUACCCGAAGAUGGUCAUAUCACUGAUUUAAAUUACCAAGCGCAAGAUCAACGGCAACAAACAAAUCUUGAUAAUAUGAAACAGCUCAUACAAGGAUUUGAGGAUUCAAAAUUUGAACAAGGUAAAAUAAUUGGCAAUUCAACAUUACACAAAUUGGGAAUUCCUCUUGACAAUCUUGUACCGAAUGAUUUGAAUUCAGUUCAUGAUGAUGAUAAUGACGACACAAAAGGCAGUUCAGAAAUAGAUCCAUCAACACCGCCAACUGCUGAUCGUGAUAUUACUUUAGAAAUUGACGAUCAGGGAAUAGUGAAAAGUACCGAAUUAGAAAAACCAUUAGCAAAAGUAGAGACUAUGUAUGUUCAAUUCCAGAAGAAUAUUGAUGGAAAUUCAGCAACGACCGAUACGAAACCUAAAGAAAAUAGUUCAAAAAUAACUAUCACUAAAGAACAAUUAGAAAAUCUGAAAAAAGAUUCUGCCGAUAAGUUCCAAAAUCUUUUACAAUUGGUCAAUGAAUAUGAUAUUGGUCAGAUCAGUGAAGAUUGUCGUCCAGAAGAUUUACCAGAUACGAAAUUGGAUAAACCACGAUAUGCUCUACUGGCUCGACUUACACGAAAUAUUCAAAAUAUGCUAUUAACACGUUUACGUUCAGCAUUAAAAAAUCAAUACAAAAACCAACAACAACAACAAUUCGAACAAACAAUGUCUGACGAUAAUCUACAAUUUGAAUUUGUGUUUUGUGUUGACAAUAGUGGAAGCAUGAAUGGAAGGAAAAUACGCGAAGCUUUAAAUAUAUUAGUUAUUCUAAUGGAAACAUUUCAUCGUCUCGAAUGGAAAUUUGCCGUUGUUCGGUUUGGUGCCGAACAAAAAAUUCUCAAAGCACUUGGACGUGAAUCGAUGCAUGAUACAGUUCGAGCACCGACAUCUGCUACAGCAACAACAAUAACAACAACAAGUCUUGAACAAAUAUUAAUAGCACGUGAACAUGUGAGGUUCUACUCACUCACUUCUCAUCUUUAUUUAAGAAAGUGA